AUGCAUCCGCACCUCGUACAAGGCAAGCAGCAGAAAUGCGGCGAUCUCAUUGCCGCCCUGGACGAGUGCCACAACCGCGGCCUCAUGGCACGCAUGACCGGCGCUUGCAACGACAUCAAGCAUCGCCUCAACAUGUGUCUCCGAGAGGAGCGCCUCGAGAGGACGGCAAAGCAUGUUGAGGAGAGCAAGGCCAAGCGCGAGGCCAAGCAGAAGGUUUGGGCAAAGAUUGAUGAGGAGAGCUGA